ACCCUUCUGUUUUGAUACCCCCGGUUGUUUGUGUACAUUUGUUCCAAUUUCACUGUCAAAUUGUAUAUUUUGUGCAGCGUGAAAACACAAGACAGGACGUUUUCAUAAUGAAUCUGUUGCCUGCGGGUCAGUUGAGUCUACACGGUUCUCAUCGUGUGGAUAAGUUCCGCUCUCCGCCUUUCUGCUCGCAUUCUGUGACUCGCAGAACAGUUCAGCAUUACGUGUGAGUUUUCUCCGUGUUGAAAUAUUAGAAAUGGCAGAAACUGCUCCAGCACCAGCCGCUCCUGCUCCGGCUAAAGCUCCCAAGAAGAAAAGCGCAGCAAAGCCCAAGAAAUCGGGUCCCAGCGUGUCGGAGCUCAUCGUCAAGGCUGUGUCUGCCUCCAAGGAGCGCAGCGGGCUGUCUGUGGCGGCGCUCAAGAAGAUCCUGCAGGCCGGCGGCUAUGAUGUGGAGAAGAACAACUCCCUCAUCAAUAGAGCCCUCAAGAGCCUGGUGACCAAGGAGACCCUGCUACAGACCAAGGGCACCGGCGCCUCGGGCUCCUUCAAGCUCAACAAAAAAGCAGCUGAAGCCAAGGAGAAGGCUGCCAAGAAGAAGGCAGCUCCAAAGAAACCAGCGGCAAAGAAAGCGGUUGUCAAGAAAACAACGAAAAAUGUUUCGGCAAAGAAAGCAGCGACACCCAAGAAGACUCCUACAAAAGCGAAGAAACCGAAAGCUGUAAAGAAAGCGCCCAAGAGCCCGAAGAAAGCGGCUGCCAAGCCUAAAAAGGUCGUGAAGAAGAGCCCGAAGAAAGCGAAGGCAGCGCCUAAACCUAAAAAGGUGACCAAGGCAGCUAAACCCGCAGCGAAGAAGGCGGCUCCUAAAAAGAAGUGAUCAGUUAAAGCGACCAUGCGACAGUGAACCCAAAGGCUCUUUUCAGAGCCAAAACAUCUUUCUAAAAGAGCAGAUUGUCCUUGUAAACACAGGGCGAUGUGUGGAAUGUGCUGCCGUGGAACGUGUUCCGCUUUCUCGGUGGAACAGCCCGGUCUCCUCGGCGAGCAGUCCAAGACGGUGAAACAUGG